AUGUUGAACAGCUGCACCCAUUCAAAGUCUUCUCAUCACAAGUUAAAUCUUUCCGAUGAGAUAGUAAGAAUGUUCGGAAAAGACCUACAAGCCUAUGCUGUGGAAUCUGGAAUUAUUGAAGAGAGUCGUGAAACGAAAUAUGGAAUGCCAUCAUCAUUGGAAGAGUUUCAAGAACAAGUCAUGAAUAUCGGAGCUAAAUGGAGAAAUGGUUGUGUUAAUAACGAAGAAUUUCAGAAUAAAUUGAGAGAUGGAGGAAUACUCAUGUAUUGCUUGCUCAUCCUCAAGUCUUAUUUUGAACAUGAUGAAGAAUGGGAGGAGUAUGAUUCCAGAAAAACAGUUCUAAUUUUGCUUCAAGUGGUAGCCAAUGCAAUGACAGCAAACAAACCGAUUCAAAUUUACUUGUACGAAAUUUGUGAUCAUAUCUUGUUUAAGGAGAUUCUUCCAAAAGCUCUGACAAAGGGAAAGAACAUGACCAAUAUUGCUUGUAUGAGUAUUUAUAAUAGUAUUGCAAAGGGAAAUUUACAACUCGAAGGAGAAUUUUUUACUAACAAACAACUCAUGCUUGACUUGUUAGAUAAUUUAUAUGAAACAAAACAGACAAAAGAAUGGAUCUUUUUAAUUUAUAAGAAAUAUUUUUUAAGUAAGGCAUACAUGACAGAAGCAGAUGAACCAUUUUUCUUCGAGGAAGAAGAAUAUUUCUCAAAAUUGUUUGAUACUGUCAACGAGAAUAACACUUUAUUGAAUCUAUUGGAGAUUAUGGAUCAUUUUUGUUCAGAGGAAACUCAAGCAACAGAGCCGGCACGUGCUAGCGAAACUUACAAACACUUACUCAUGUUUUGCGUAAACUUGAUUAGUCGGUUUGAGGACAAAUUUCAUCCAUCAACUACCAACACAUUACACAUGUUCACUUUUACUCAAUUCGAAUGCCUUUUUGUAUGCUUGGAAUGUAUGGCAAGUUUAAGUGGGCUCAUUAAUCUUUCUAAGGAAAAAUCUCUUCAAGUUGAUUUGAGAAAAGAAUGCACAAGAUGGUGUCUAAAAAUUUUUAACCAGACAGGAUUGCUUGUGAUGACACGAGAAAGUGAUCAUAGUGUCGAUAACCAACCAAACGAAUACGAAGAGGAUCAAAUGUACAUGGGAUAUAAAUCACUUCUUGUUAGAGCACUUGCUAAUUUGACAUAUGCAACUAGGGAAAUACAGGAUUACAUUAGAGAGGAGCAAGGAAUUCCAUUGAUAUUGAGUUGCUGUGCCGUUCAGGAUCCAAAUCCAUUCUUGAGAGAAUGGGGAGUUUUUUGUGUCAGGAAUUUGUGCGAGAAUAAUGAAGAAAAUGUUAAAUUUAUUUCAGGGGUCAAGUUAGAGAGCCUCGAUGAGUCAACCGAGGAGUUAUUGGCCAAGCAAGGGUUUAAGGCAACUAUUGAGAAUGGCAAGAUUAAAUUACAGAAAAUCGUUUUGCCUCAUGAGAGCUCAUCCCAAGAAGGAGAAUCCAACACUUCUGACAAUGCAAUUUAUGAAAAUGAUCAACAUGAAUAA